AAACAGAGAACAAAAGGGGCGAGAGAGAGACAGAGAGAGAGAGAGAGAGAGAGAUGGCGGGUGCGUUUUGGGGGACGCGAGUGCUGGAGAUAGUGAAGAAGCACGACUCCGGCGGUCUCGUUUGGAAGAGAAUAAAGCUGACCACCACCCGUAAAGCCAACGCCAAGAAGCGUCUCCUCCGCGUUUGGCAGAAUGAAGCUGUCCUGAGGGCAUGUGCAGAAACACCUUCACAGUCAUUGGGUGCUGCCACUGAUGGAUUUUCUGAGAAAGAUAACGCAAGUAGCCAAUAAUGAGUAAGAAUGACUUAGAUGCAUUAGUUCAGGAUAGCAAUGCUAUAAAUGUCAACUGUUUGUUAUAAACUUCAACUGAAUGCCGUCCUGAACUUCCAUUUUGAUCUUUCUAUUUCUUGAGUUGAGCGUUUUAAGUCCUGGACCAAAAACGAUCAUAAUCUUGUGUAACGUGGAUUAUUCUGAUGGCCAAUAAGACUUUUAAGAAUUGCUUGGUGUC